AUGGUUCCAACUCGCAUCAUACCGAGUCCUGAUGGUGCUGAAUGCGUCCAGAAAUAUACCCAAUCAACUGGUUCGAGGUUGCUGAUCCAUCUUCCUGGCCGCUUUGGCGACCGGCACUAUCCAUCUGUCGCGAAACCUCUGUGCCGAGUGCAUUGGACGGCGUGCAGCGACGCCCACCGGACGGCAAUGGGACGUCGACCGAACCCUCUGAUUCUCGAGUACUUCGAGCGCGGUCCCAAGUUGAACGACAACAGCAACCGAUAUCCUCAUACUUGCAAACAGUGUGGGGAAAAUUUUCCCAAGGGUCGUAUCGACAGCCUGACGACACACAUUACGAAAAGAUGCCCCGCCAUUUCGGACUCGGAGCGUAUGCGAGCAUGCUUGGAACUUCACGGCAUCACACAUGCGAGAUCGGCUGCCGAGAGGCACCAUCAGGCACAGGUGGUCCAGGCCGCUCAGGCCGCUCAGGCCGCUCAGGCCGUGGCCCGGGCGAACGGCCAGCAAGUUUCGCCGAAUGCUCUCCCUCAAGGCUGGAGCGCGCUGGAAACCCUCGCGGAAGCAUCUCGUCAGGUUGAUCUCAAUGAGAACAAUCGUGGCGCCAAAGCCCAGCCGCAAACGACCCAGCCUGGCAGCGCCCAGGAAUCGGACCGCUUUGAAGUCCAGGAGCAGUUUACGCUGGAAAACCCGCCUUCCAGCUACGAGACCAGUAGAGCGCAGGCCAAUAGCAAAAAAGGCUCGAGCGCUUUCCAAACCCCUCCUCCGACAGCUGCGGAACUGUCCCCCGAAGAAAGGCUUCAGGCACUCCUCCCAGCCAACGAAUCAUCUGAUGCAGCCAGCAUAUCAGUCGCAGUGGCUGCCGCCGCUAGACUCAACCCAUCCUUUCUCGAUCCUCAGCUCGUCAAUGGCGAUACGACGCCCACAUCACCGUCCGUGGCGGACAGCUCCGGAGCAGCAGUCGAAAGCAACCCUGCUGCGACGGCUGACGAUGAUGUCUCGCAGCCGUGGGGUGAAAUGACCUACUUGACCGCGACAUCGCCAGCGCCGAUUGUCGCCGGCGGGCCUCCCCUGGUUCCGCUACCCAUGAGUCGCGGGGGAGUGCGGAUGGACACAAGCGCCGGCGUCUUGAACGGGCGAUCUCGGCAUUUUCGGUCCAAAUUCACGGCAGCAAGGCGCCAAGAGGUCAAGGAGGUUCGCAAGCUGGGCGCGUGCAUUCGUUGUCGAAUUCUUCGCAAAAUCUGUAGCAAGGGAACGCCGUGCGACACUUGCCGCAAGGUGCUCGCCCCCCGGGUUUGGAUGACGGGAUGUGUCCGGUCGAGGCUUCACGAACAGCUUGAUCUGUACUCGGCGGGAGUCCAGGUGGUUCUGUCGCAAAACCGCAUCAACCUGCUCAAGGAGCAGCUCAAGCUGGUGAGCAAUGGCGCCGUGGUGCAAGUAUCUCAUUUCGCCGAUACGGACAAGAGCAUCGUUUUUGCAGCAGCAGAGCUGGAGACGGCGGAACCUAUCCAUCAAGUCAUCAUGAUCGACCAGGAUAAAGACGACGUCCCCGGAAAAGUGGAGGCGUACAUGCGAGACGUACUGGAUCUUUUUAUCGACCGAGAACCGUCCAAGUUUAUGAAGAUGACGCUUGAAACGGCCAAGGAGCAGCUUGCCGAAGGAGGCAACGAGCUCCUCAAAAUGGCCUUGGAGCUGUGGGGCCUGGUCGAGAGUAUCGAUCGCGAAAGACAAUGGACCAUUGUCGAAAAAUCCAGCGCAGAUGCCGAGCACGGGAGGCACGUCAAGGAAGCGGACAACGAAAACGACGCCGACCUGUACACCAUGAUGUGUAUGCAGCUGAACGCUGCCGCCGAGCGCAAAGCCAACAGCACUUCCAAAAGCCUGCUCAACCUGAUGGAUCGGCAGCUGGCCGACAGCAAGACCAAGGUCGGAUUCCACAUUUACCUCGCGGCGCUCAUCUUCCUCAACUGCGUGGAGAAGUCGACGUGGGCGUUCAAAGCCUGGGAGCAGGACCACCUGCGUCCGGGAUGGCCCUUGGAACGAGAUCCCGGCGUUUUCACGCAGCAGGGCAGCAACCUGGCGGGGCUGAUCAAGAUGCUAUUGGCCAUCCGGAAGAUCUUGCCGCUGACGUGCAGGGAUGCACAAGGUAAGCUGGCGGCGGCUCAAGACGAGGACCCCCAUAUCGCCAAGUACUUUCAGAGCCUCGACCUGGAGUACGACACGAUUGAGGCCCGUCAGCGAGGCUCCCAGUUUUCACCGGCCGACUCUCGCUCGCUGGAGCUCAUGUUUUGCUCCCACCUUUUACUACCGAAUGCGCCGGCAUAG